CCUGUUCCUGGGGAAAUGCCUCAAAAGCAGCAUCUCCCCGUGUCUUAUGGAGGGGGCUUUUGCUCUGUGGCUUCCAAAGAGUUAAAGCAAAGGAAUGGAUUCCUAGAGGGGAAGUCAGUGGCCAAUGAGAAGCCUCCUGCAGGCGAGGUCCCUCCUCUUCUGGCCAUGUGGGAAUCUUCCUGGAGGAGGAGGAGUGACUGGGUGAGCCUUGCAAGGCUUGUGGAGGAGGAGAGAGUGUGCCUUCCCAAGAGGGAGAUGGCUCUUCUGCCCAGGCUGGAGCCUGGCUGCAAGGACACAGGGCAGGUGGGAAAGCAAGAAGCCUCAGACCCUGAGCCAAGCACGGACCCUCCUGCCUUUCCUGCUGGGAAUGGAGGGCAGUUCUGGGAAGGAGGCCUUGUGGGGAAGGGGCUGCUGGGAGACAGCCCACCUUCAGGGACAGAGAGCCAGAGCUUCAGGCAGUUCAACUUCAAGGAGACUUUGGGGCCCCGAGAGGUGUGCAGCCGCCUCCACUCUCUCUGCCGCCUGUGGCUGAAGCCAGAGCGACACUCCAUGGCGGAGAUGCUGGACCUGGUGCUCCUGGAGCAGUUCCUGGCCGUCCUUCCUGCGGAGAUGGAGCGCUGGGUGAGGGAAUGUGGGGCAGAGACCAGUUCCCAGGCCGUGGCUUUGGCUGAAGGAUUCCUCCUGAGUCGGGCAGAAGAGGAGACGGAGAAGGAGCAACGGGCGGCCGACUUGUGUGCAGAAAUGGCCACUGCAUUGGAAAGGCCUCUCUCCACCGCCAGCCAGAUGCAGGAUUGUGCAGGACAAAGAGAACCACCAGGCUUCACAAGAGGUGAAUCAGAACCACUACAUACUGGCUUGCCUCUUCCUUUUGAUGUACUCAGUACGAAUUCUGUGACACCAGAUCAGGUGACCUUCCAAGAGGUGGCCGUGUCUUUCAGUGAGGAGGAGUGGGCCCUGCUGAAUACGGACCAAAGGGACUUGCAUCAACAAGUCAUGAAGGAAAAUGUGGAGACUGUGUCCUCUUUAAAAACUUACAGAGAAGAGGAAUCAUCUCAAUACCGGGACUGUGGGGAGAAGGAGCUGUGCCUCUCUGGUCAGCAAGAAACUUACACUAAGAGGAAGCGCUUUCAGUGCUUGGAGUGCGGAAAAUGUUUCCAUAAUAAGAAUAGCUUUGCUUAUCAUCAAGCAAUGCACACGGGAGAUAAAAAAUUCAAAUGCUUGGAGUGUGGAAAAGGCUUUUUUCAGAAGAUAAAUCUGACUCGUCAUCAAGUUACCCAUACUGGGGAGAAGCCAUUUAAAUGCUUGGAGUGUGGAAAGGGCUUCACUCAGAAGACAAAUCUCACCUAUCAUCAAGCUACUCAUACUGGGGAGAAGCCAUUUAAAUGCUUGGAGUGUGGGAAGGGCUUCACUCACAAGAUGUAUCUGACUUACCAUCAAGCAAUUCAUUCUGGAGAGAGACCAUUUAAAUGCUUGGAGUGUGGAAAGUCUUUUAUUCUGAAGGGACAUCUCACUUCCCAUCAAACAGUUCACUUGCGGGAAAAACCAUUUAAAUGCGUGGAGUGCGGAAAGGGUUUCACUCAGAAGACGAGCCUCAUUUCUCACCAAACAAUUCACUUGCAGGAGAAACCCUUUAAAUGCUUGGAGUGUGGAAAGAGUUUCACUCAGAAGACAGCCCUCAUCUAUCAUCAAGCUACUCAUACUGGGGAGAAGCCUUUUAAAUGCUUGGAGUGUGGAAAGGGCUUCAUUCAGAAGUUGCAUCUGACUUACCAUCAAGCAAUUCAUUCUGGGGAGAGACCAUUUAAAUGCUUGGAGUGUGGAAAGUCUUUUAUUCUGAGGGGACAUCUCACUUCUCAUCAAACAAUUCACUUGCGGGAGAAACCCUUUAAAUGCGUGGAGUGCGGAAAGGGCUUCACUAAGAAGACAAGCCUCACCAAUCAUGAAGCUACUCAUGCUGGGGAAAAGCCAUUCAAAUGCUUGGAUUGUGGGAAGGGUUUCACACUGAAGGCAAGCCUCACACGACAUCAAAGAAUCCACUCUGGGGGAGAACCGUUUCACUGUUUGGAGUGAACGAAAUUUCAGACUGAAGCAAACCCUCCAUCUUCUUCAAGCGACACACACGGGGGAAGGAACCCUUUAAAUGCCCGGAGUGCAGAAAGAGCUUUUGCCAGAAGAAACGCCUCCCUUAUUGCCCCUCAUCCAAACCACGAGGAGACUGAACUUCUGUAAUAGAGUGAGAUGACUUUAAAAUAGUAUUUCUUUGUUGUUGCUUUUUCGAGAAUGACUGGAAUUUUUAAAAAUCUUUCUUUCUCAACAAGCUGGCUUCAUUUGGUGAAAUAUCCAAAAAAGAUCCACCCAGAGGAAAAGUGUUCUUGCAAUACGUCAAGGGAACCACUGACCGCAUAGGAAAGCUGAUGAAGAAACACAAUAUACAAACCAUCUACAGACCUAGAAGAGCCAUAGAAGAGCAUUUGAUGAACCACUCUGACAACUACCAUGUCGGACUACACAGAGAAGCCAUUGAAAUCCAUAAGCAUGUGGACAAUUUCAACAGAAAGGAGGAAACAAUGAAAAUGAACAAAGUCUGUCUACCAGUAUUUAAAAAACUCUAACAUCAGGAUGGUAAAUAAAGAGCAAGACUCAAAAGUAGGGGAAUUCCAGACAAUAAUCAAUCAGGGCCAGCUAACACCUCACCACAAAUGUUUCCCCCAGGCAGCAACCAGCCAAGCCUUGAAACUGUGGGCCAUAAAAAUGCUAAUCAAGGUGGCAAUUUGCAACACUCACACAUACCUCAAGCAGGCAAGGGUUCUUUCCCCCACCCUGGACAUUCCACAGAUAUAUAAACCUCACUCACUUAUUUUCCAACAGACACCUCAGCCUCUGAGCAUGCCUGCCAUAGUUGUGGGCAAAAUGUCAGGAGAGAAUUCUUCUGGAACAUGGCCAGACAGCCCAGAGAACUCACAACAACCCAUCAAAGAAAGAGUUACUGAAAAUAAGACAGAAGACAAAAAGAGGUUUCAGGCUAGACAAGAUUCAUGGCCAGGUCUAUGGAGUAUAUGUUGGGAGUCCUCUUUUUCUCUCCACAAAGGAGAUGCAAAGCAACUGUUCCUUUUGCUCUUCUUCUAUGAGCAUGGGAAGAGGUCUACUGUGGGUUAGAUAGAUAGCUAGGCCCUGUUAGUUUCCUAUCUAGUUCCUCAAUUGUUUAAGCUCAGUUGCUCUAUUGCUUGCACCAGAAGCUUCUGAUUUGCCGAAGUGUUGCAACAGCUGUUGUUGCUGAUUAUGUCUAGCAUAUUUUAAUAUUAAUAUUUAAUAUUCUCAGCCUUCCUUAUACUUUUUCAAUUGCUUUCAGUCCCUGUCCACAUGUCUGUUGGACUUACAGAACCUUCUCCCCUUUUCUCCCUGCUCAGCCAUGAUACAACUGAUGUGCUCCUCUUUUGCAUCCUUUGAUGGUUGCUGAGCCUCCCAUCUAAUGAAUUCUUCCAUUCUGAAAUAAUAAAAGAAUCCAAAACAAUCAGCCAGUAGGGUUAACUUCACCUUAAUCAAUGAGUAAUUCAAGUCAUGCUAGGAGAAAAGGUCUAAUGAGUUAAUGACAAGUGAUGGACAUCUUCUUUACUCGUUCAGUCGUUUCUGACUCUUCGUGACCUCAUGGACCAGUCCACGCCAAAGCUUCCUGUUGGCCGUCGCUGCCCCCAGUUCCUUCAAGGUCAAGCGAGUCACUUCAAGGAUACCAUCCAUCCAUCCAUCUCAGCCUUGGUCGGCCUCUCUACCUUUUUCCUUCCAUUUUCCCCAGCAUCGUGAUCUUUUCCAAGCUUUCCUGUCUUCUCAUGAUGUGGCCAAAAUACUUCAUCUUUGCCUCUAAUAUCCUUCUCUCCAGUGAGGAGCCGGGCAUUAUUUCCUGGAGUAUGGACUGGUUGGAUCUUCUUGUGGUCCAAGGCACUCUCAAGAUUUUCCUCCAGCACCAAAGUUCAAAAGCAUCUCUCUUCCUUCGCUCAGCCUUCCUUAUGGUCCAGCUCUCACAUCCAUAGGUUACUUUGGGGAAUACUAUUGCUUUCACUAUGCGUACAUUUGUUGCCAGUGUGAUGUCUCUGCUCUUCACUAUUUUAUCGAGGUUGGCCAUUACUAUCCUCCCAAGAAGUAAACAUCUUCUGAUUUCCUGGCUGCAUCUGCAGUGAUCUUCACGCCUAGAAAUAUAAAGUCUGUCCCUGACUCCACGUUUUCUCCCCCUAUUUGCCAGAUGUCAAUCAGUCUGGUUGCCAUAAUCUUGGUUUUCUUGAUGUUUAACUGCAACCCAGGUUUUGCACUUUCUUCUUUCACCUUGGUGAUAAGGCUCCUCAGGUCCUUCUCACUUUUAACCAACAGAGUGGUAUCAUCUGCAUAUCUAAGGUUGUUAAUGUUAAUGAUGGACAUAUUCUUACCCAAAUCUAGAUGAAACUGCAAUUCUUCACCAUAUGACUAGAUGAAAUUUGGAGGGGGAGGAGGUUUGCAGCUUAGGCUGAUGUACUUACUGGAUAGAAGUUGAAAUUGUUCUGCUUCAAGGUAAAUAAACGCACACUGCUUUGGA